CCACAUUCAGAGCAUCUAGUCGCAUGUUGUUGCCGGAUGACAUUUUGCAAGACAGGAAACGAGAGAAGCAGUGCGAUCGGACCAACGAAGACUAUCUUGUCAUCCUUAGCGCUCGCAUUUAUACCACAACAGUUGUAAAUCAGGUGAGUCCUCCUAUGAAGGUGUUUGAAUUUUGUUUGAUGUGUCCUUGAGAGGAGAGACAAAAUUUGAGUCACAUAGUCUGAACAUCUGAAAUGGGCACCGAGGAGAAAGAUUUAGAGCCUACAGCUCAGCAUGCACCAAAAGAGCAGGGAUCACCAGAGAAAGAAAAGGAAUCUCCUGUGGAGCCUCCACAAGGGCAAACAUCUGCGACCAGUGACCCCCUCAACACGUACAAGUGGCAUACCGGCUCCAGGGGAACACUCGAUGAGGUGAAAGAAGAGGGAAAUGGAGGAGCAGCUUCUUCCACAUCUACGAUCGAUAGGAUUCAAAAGGCUUCUACCAACAAGUGGAGCAAGAUGCAAAACUGGCGUAAGGCCCUGAGCGAGGAUCCUGGAGACAAAAAUUCACCCAGCGGGAAAAAUGGAGAAGGAACCAAGCCAGAUAAAAGCACUGGAGGAAACAAGAAGAACCCCUUCAGAAGGGCCUUGUCCGAGCCCCCUGGGUCUCUGUUUGCAGCCCUGUCCCCUUCUUCCAGCUCUGCCACCUCAGCUCACGAAACAUCACCAGCUGCUGCAGAGGCCUCGGGGGUCUCCUCCACAGACCCUUCACAGAAAGGAGGUGGAGGAACGCUCUUCAAAAAGUACCUGAGGACUGUGUCCCAGAAGUUCAAAAGGCCCAGGCUGCAGAGUCGGACCAGUACGCCCAAUUUGCUGCAAGAUACGGGUGAAUCGGCAUCAGUUGUACCCACUGGUUGUGCUGUCCCAAAACUACAGUGGGUCCCGACCCAGGAGGUCCCCUUAUGGGACAUUAGCAACUGUGUCCUUGAAGAUGGACAAAUUCUCAUUUCUCAAGAGGAAGAGCCGAUGACAUGGACCCGAAGUCGUUUCAACAGCUGCCUGUCCAACAUCAGCAUGCAGAACCUCGUAGAUAUCGACACAGAAUGUACCCCUGACCACAUGGGCCUGCAGAAUAGCCCUCGACCAAAGCACCAAGAUGGUGGUGUGAAGGCACGUAUCAGACGACAUUUUGAAAAUAAGACCAAGAGGAAUAGCAACACGCAACUAAACCCAAUAGGAUUAAACAAAGGAAGCAGGCAUUAUGGUUCCCGGGAGUCUGUGUCAAUUCCUCUCAGUGCAAUGGGGAGUCUGGAUCUAAGUGCAGACACCAGCACUGUCAUCAGGCCAGUCCACAGCUCCAUCCUGGGGGAGAAGUACUGCUUUGAGGUGAUAAACUCUGAGAACACCCACUGCUUUGGCUGCUCCUCAGCUGCCGAACGUGACCGUUGGAUUGAAGACUUGAGACGGGCUGCCCAGCCCAAUAAGGAUAACAUCGAGCGCACAGAGAACUCCUUGAGUCUGUGGGUAAAUGAAGCUAAGGAUCUCCCACCCAAACGAUGUUAUUACUGUGAGGUACACCUGGAUGGAACCCUGUUUGCCCGCACCAGCAGCCGGGCCAUAGGCAAGCCAUCUAACCGCUCCAGCCUAGCAGGGGAUAUCACUACUGGGUCUUCAGGAGGCCUAGGGGCCAGCGGAGGUGUGGCUGGCGGGUGUCAGCUCUUCUGGGGUGAAUUCUUUGAGCUAGACAACUUGCCCUGUAUAUCUCAAAUCACCCUGCAUCUCUUCCGCGAAGAAGAUCCCAAGAAAAAGCGUCACUCCCGAGAUGAGUCCAGCCUGCACCCACUGGGCAGCGUGUCCAUACCUUUAGAUGAGAUCAGAGGGAGGACCUAUCAGGAGAAGUGGUAUCCUGUCACUCCAUACAAAGCCUCGGGCACAGUGGGGAGCAAAGAACUACUGGGGCCACAGGCUUCACUCCGUAUCAAGGCCCGUUUCCAGAAUUUGCAAGUGUUGCCAAUGGAGAAAUACAAAGAAUUUGCUGAAUAUGUGACGGUGGAUUAUGUGGAAAUGUGCAGAAGCCUGGAGCCACUUCUGAAUGUGAAGGAGAAGGAAGAGCUGGCAGGAGCUCUGGUUCAUGUACUGCAGAGUAUUGGCAAAGCCAAGGAGUUCCUUGUUGACUUGGGCAGUGCAGAAGUUGAGCGCCUUGGGGAAAAGGAGGCAAUGAUCUUCAGAGAGAACACACUGGCCACUAAAGCCAUAGAUGAGUAUAUGAAGCUGGUUGGCCAGAAGUACCUCAUUGACACACUAGGGGACUUUAUCACUCGUCUUUAUGACUCAGUGGAGAACUGUGAAGUUGACCCUCGUAAAUGCCCUGCAUCUGACCUUUCAAGUAACCAGAAGCACUUGAAGGAAGCCUGUGAGGAGGUGGUGCAAAAGAUUAUCAACACCCAUGGACCGUUUCCCGAAGAGUUAAACAAGAUCUUCUCCAACUGGGUGGAGCUGUGCGAAGACCUGGGCAGACAGGAGAUUGGCCAGCGACUCAUCUCUGCUUCCCUUUUCUUACGUUUCUUAUGUCCCGCUAUCCUCAGUCCUUCUCUUUUUGGCCUGACACAGCCUUAUCCGGAGCCAAACACUCUGCGUACCCUCACCUUAACUGCCAAAGUCAUCCAGAAUCUGGCCAACUUCACCCUGUUUGGAGAAAAGGAGGAAUACAUGCUCUUUAUGAACGAAUUCCUGCAGCAACACUGGGACGGAAUGAGGAACUUUCUCCAAACAGUGUCCAGUUUAGACACUGAAAUCCCAAUGACUUCUUUUGAUGGUUAUGUGGACCUGCCUCUGCGCUUGGCUGUGUUGCAUGGCUUGCUGGUAGACAUCAUCUAUCAGAGGGAUCAGCACACAGUUGACAAGCUGCACCCUCUGCCUUCAAUUUUGAACCAGAUAACAGAGUCCCUGGGCCCUGAAGCACCUCGGAUCAUAGUUAGCAGUCAAAUGGCACCAGCCAAGCCAGUGUACAUUCCUCCAAAAGACUUGAGCAAGUACAGUCCUCACCAAUCAUCCCUUCAGCAACUUCCGGUGGACUCCAAAGGCCUACGAGAUGUGGAUGUCAGGACUCGGAGGAGUAACCAGAAAGAUAGGAAGCCAGUAACCAGAACUCAGAGUGCUCCACACAGACGUCCUGGUCACCCAAAACAUACCCUGAAGAGGCAGACAAGUUCUGAAACACUGCCAACACCUGACGACGAACAAGAGAUAGAAGAGGAGAGAGAAGAGACACAUCAGCCACUUAUCUCAUCACCAAAAACUAGUGGCAGUAUCAAACGUCCUCCCGCACCAGUUCCCUGGAUCAAAGUCAAUCACAACAGGGAGUCAAGUGAGAUGAAGACCGAAAAUGAGCAAUUCAGCUUACUGGAUAGGCAUGCUCAAGAGCUAUCAGAGCUUCGUCUGGGAAUAGAGCAGGUGACAGAGCGUGAGCUUGACAUGGCAAAGCGCUUGGAGGACUUCAUUAUCCAAAGUCAGGACCAGAAUGCAAUGCUGCAGGCUGAAGUGAAAGAGCUCCAGAAUCUUCUGGCUAUGCGAGAAGAGCAACUUGCCAGCGCCACCUUCAGGCUGGGUGUGAUUGAGGAGGAGAGGGAAGAAGAUGAGAGAAAGCUAAGUGUUGCCCUUGCAGCAGCUGAGCGAAUGAAUGUACUGGAGGAACAGUUUGCAGGCCUGAUGAAGGACCUACAACAGCUAAGUGAGGCCUACAAUAGUGGCCCAAACAACGUACAGCACCCUGAGAAGCCACACAUCAACAGCAACUGAGCCCUGAUAGUGAAAAGAUUUAGAGCUGCACAGUGCUGUGUAAAUAUGUAGAGUUCAUGUGGAAACCAUUGCCUGCAGACACAAUUCUGGUUUACUGAUGAGGUGUGUACUUUUUUACAUAUUCAGAAUGAAUUGGAGUGGGCACACUCUGAAGACAAAAUCACCACAUCUGUCUGCAUUUCAGCUUCUAAUGUAACUCGGUUGCAAAAUGUUUUUUACUUUGACUCUCUGAUAAACAAAAAAAACAUAACCUGACAUGUUUUCUUCAGUACAAUAAAUAUAAGUGUCAUUGUAA